ACGAUUCUUUCCCUCUCUAGCAAUCCGCGAUCUAUGAUCGGCAAAAAUACUCUGCGGUAGAUCUUCACCCUUGCAAGGAAAGUCCCUAUCAGGAUUCGCUGAUUCUUCGCGUGGAUUUUGAAAUCUACGCCCUUGCGUUAGAUCUUCACGGAAGGAAAACAAAUCUACAAGGAAAGUCCUGAUGAUUCUUCUUUGAUUGUUUGCGGAAUCUUUGUGUGGAUUCUGAAAUCGCCGAUGGCAUUUCUACCGUUUAUAUGUGCAAUUUUUACCCUUUUGGGGCCGAAUCUUUCUCGAUUUGGUGUUGAAAAUCGAAAUCAAAGUCAAAGAGAUGUUAGUGGGGCGUUAAAAAUUAAAACUUUUAAUGGGAUCUGUUGCUUUUCUGGAAUUGUGAUUGCAGCAAUUACAGUGUUAAAGGAGGAGUUGAAGAGGUGUAGAAAGUCAUUGGGUGAACCAGUCUUGGAAGAAUUUCUUCCAGUGAAGAAGACUCCAAUUGAUGAUGAUGAUGAUGACGACAUAAACAAUGUUUAGAAUGUCAAGGAGAAAGACUGCAAAGAAAAGGUAAAAUGGACAAGCUUUUUUAAGCUCUAGGACGGCGGCGAUAAGGGUUGCAGCAUUUCAGACUCUGGCACUGCCAAACACGGCCUAACAACAAAUCUCAGAACAAUGAUGUUACAUGCUCUGAUGAAGAAGAAGAAGAUGGUCUCCCGUUCUGCAUACAUGACUAUCAUUUUGGCGCAGAGAUAAAUGUUGGGAAACUGGAUUCUACCAUAAAACGCUUAGGAUUCGGCUCUUCUUUUAUUUUGCAGAUGAUUGGCCAGGACGGCAGUAUCGCUGCCUCAUCCAAUUUUUUUUUUUUGCAAAACCGAAAUUUAAGUUUCUUUAAAUUUUAAUUUACACUUAUUAUAGAAAAUAAUGUUUAAAUCUUAAUUUUCACAUAUUAUAUAAAAAAUUGUUUUAAAAAUUUUGCAUAUUGUAAAUAAAUGAUUUUAAUAUGUUAAUGUUUACAUUAUUGUAGAGUUGUUAAUUUUAGAGUUUUACUCUAAAAUUGAAUGAUAACUCAAUUUGAGUUGAAUGGUAGAGAGCUCUACACUGAUUUGAGUUUGAUGAGUUUAGUUUUAAUUUUUUAAUGUGUGUUAUUUGCUUCUCAGCUAGGGUUAAAAAUAGCGGCUCGCGGAUGUUCGUCCAAAAAGUGCUCUAUAUGCUUCCUAGCUUGGGUUAGUACGAAUAAUACUCAAUUUGAGUUGAACCGUCGCCUUUUUAGUGCGAGAAGUAGUCUUUUCUCUAGAAUCUUUGGAUCUGUUGGCACAUUGAAAUUCAACAUAUGUUCUGCUUCUACACUAUUUGGAGCAGCCCUAUGUUGCUUACAGUUAGUAUGUUCAAGUAAUCGUCUUCUGCUUUUCUUUUUCUUCUUGCAAUUCACACUUUCCUGUUUGUAAGAUCUUUAAUUAAGAAUUUAUAUGAAAACCAACCUUUAUGAAUGAAUGUCCUAUUGUAUUUUUUCAUUCUAACUGCAGGCUUUCUUUGUUCAAUUAAACUCCACAUGGACUCUAGAGAUAAGGUACUAAACUAAGUUGGAGUCUACACUUUUAACAAUUUUCUUUGAAAAGUUUAGUUUAUCAUAAUGUGUUGUUCUGUGAGUAGGAACUAAUGGAGUUGUGAUACUUCAACCUAGACCUAUCAAAAUUUCGAGAUUUGUAAGAAUUUGGUGGGAAAAAGGAAAAACCAACAUUUCUACACCCUAUCUAGCGUGUUGUCUCCAACAACACAAUAUCGUAUUGUUGGAGACAACAAAGUUAUGCUAUAGCUUUAUGCAUUUCAGCCACAAAGUAUAUAAUGAUCCCCUUUAUGAUUGAAAGAUAAAUUAUCGACAGAUACGAUUUUAUCAUGAUUCAUGAUUGAAAACUAUUGAAGGUAUUUUUAGUAUUAUUGGCUCUGACAAGGAAGAUGUAAUUAUCUAGACCUUUAAUAGUUACAAUAUUUUACUGACAUUUUUAUUUGUGGUUUGUUUUAAUGAUUGGUCUAUGUUUUCCUUUCAGAACUUCGACACGGUGCAACUCUUUUUUACAUGAUUUAUAACAUUAGUGAUAACAAUAGAAGGUACUACAGUUCAUGUGGGCACUACAAAAGGGUAAUAGAGGGUAGCGAGUGAAACUCUGGUGCAAUCAUUUCUUCGCAAAGAUUAUCCCCCAAAGUUACGCAGAUUUUUCCAGUUUAUUCUUCGCCCAAGGAAGGAGUUCUACACCAACUCAUUAUUCCUUGCCGAGAAUCCUUAAUUAUGAAUGAAAACAUAGUGAAUGGAAACAUGAAAUUUAUGCCGGGCAAAAAGUUGUAAUUCAACGUUUUGCAUCAACAGCGGUCAGACCAAGGAAGUUGUCAUCGGAUCAAUAAUGAAGUGGAAUUACUUGGACUCUUGGUGGGAUGCCUCAACUUCAACCUCUUAAGUUAUCGUGUGAUGAUAUUUCAAGUUCAAAACAAAAAGAAUUCCUUGAUACAGCCCAAUCGAGAGUCGUUGCUACCAGGUAUUCAGAAGAGCUAUUGAACCCAAUGGUGCCAUGUAUUAUUGCAUGCGUUGCUCAUGUCAUAUAUUGAAUCUCAGCCAAGGUUCAAGUAUAGUCUCUGCUCCAAAAUCUGUAUUUACUCUCCUUGGUAUAGCUUCCCUUGGUAUGUAUUGAAUUUUUUUGGCAGGCAUCUCAUCAAGCUCUCUGUUAAAGAUGAUUAUGCGGUACAACUAUGUUAUUCUUAACUUACCGUAUGACAUCCUCCAUUUUGCUUACAUUGUGUGCCCUGUUGAUAGAGAAAACCGAUGUUGUAUGGACUUUUUAUUCUAACUACAUGAUUAAUCUAAUACCACGAAAUAUUUUAUUCAUCAUAACUUUUAGUUUGAUUGUUUGACUUUACCAUGAAAUAUUUAAUUCACUUAUAUAAUGCAGUUGUUAGUUAUGUAACAAUGUAGUUUCAACUUUGUACCGUGUUUUUCACUUUCUCUUUAGGCACAAGAACACAUUACUUUGGACGGACUAUUCUUCAUGGUGGAGCUAUGGCUCUAUGCCCGCAGUCAUUUUGCCAAGGGAAUGGAGAUUGUACUUUUGUUGGUUGUAUACCUUGCGUAUGGCUUUAGCACACGUGCUUUAUCGUACAUUCUUCUCACGAUUAGCAGCUGGUUCUUGGCUAUUUCUUGGCUAUUUGCACCAUAUUUGUUUAAUCCAUCUGGCUUUGAGAGGGUGGAGGACUUUAGAGAUUGGACAAACUGGCUUCUGUAUAGAGGUGGAAUUGGAGUUAAAGGAGAAGAAAGUUGGGAGGCUUGGUGGGAUGAGGAGCUGAUCUACCUCCUAGAUACUCAUCUAUUUUACACUAUUAUAUCUUCUAUCUGUGGAUUCCUAUUGGGAGCAAAGGAACGUCUUGGAGAGAUUCGAUCUUUGGAUGUUGUUCAAAAACUUUUUGAGAGAUUUCCUGCUGCUUUUAUGGAUACCCUUCAUGUUCCCCUUGGCAUUAGGUGCAUUCAUCUUGUUGUCUUGUUGUUAUCAGUUGGUUCUCUGUUCUCCAAUCAGUUUAUGUAGAAAAGUUUAGCGCAACUGAACUGUUUUCCAUUAAUCAUAAACCGAUAUAUAUACAAGUACAUAAACGGGCUACAAGUACAGGCCCAAUAACACGAUAUCUACGCU